AUGUAUCUAAAUUGUUAUAUUGGAGAUCUAGGAUUAUCACAACCUGCAGAUGUUAGCUCGCAAAAUAAUGAAAUAUAUGGUGUUAUUCCUUAUAUUGCACCUGAAGGAAUCCUCCUGGCAAUAUUUGAGUUUGCUCAAACGUUGCAGAUAGAAGCAAAAGGUUAUGAAAUGGUUAACGAAAAAUUUUUGUAG